AUGGAUAUCGUGUAUUCUUCUCUUACUGAACUUACAAGUUUGGAUGAAGUGGAAAAUAUUGAAGCCAAAUUAUUUUAUCCCGUUAUUGCUGUUAUUCAAAAUAGAAAUACAGUUCAUCUGCUGAAUACUAAAGAAUCAAAAGGAAAUCCUCAAAUAUUUAAAUUUAACAGCGAUAUAAUAUGCAAAGCAGAGCAGAAUCACCUGUUAUGGUUAUUAUUCAAAUCUGGAGAAAUAGUUAUAUUUAAUAUACUGAAAAAUUUGAAUAUUUAUGUUACAAUUGAUAACUAUAAAGUUCAAAAACUUUAUUGUGAUAUAGAUAAUGAGUUGAUUUUUUUAAGUGAAAGUGGACAAAGUCUUAAGUGCCCUUUAACCAUUGAAGACAUUGAUACACAGUUUGCAAAUAAAGUAUCAAAAAUCUCAACAUCUCUAUUGAAAUUAUUAACCCAUUCUAAUGGCAUACAACCGGAUAAUGGUAAUAGUGAUUGGAAAGGAUUAAAUAUGUACAUUGAAGAACAAAACAUAGUAUUGAAAUGUAUAACCACAAACAUAAAUGGAAAUAUUUUACUUAAUAAAUCACUUGAGAAAAUUUUGCCUUGGGAUGAUAUGGUUGUAUUAGCAGAGAAGGAUAAUAUGUGGAUUAUUAAUCCAAAAGAUGCUAAUGUUAUAUUUCUGUUUCCUAAUAAUAAUAUGUAUUAUUAUCCAAUUGGAGCAUACAAUCAAUUACUUUAUUAUAUAACAUGGAGAGGAAAAGAAAUUCACAUUUUCUGUGCCUGGAGUGCAACUUCUUCAACUCAGAAACUACUAUUACUUGAAGAUUCUUCGGAAAAGACUUUCGCUGAACUUUCGUCACAAGAAACUCUGAAACUGCAGUUGCAAACACAAGUUGAUAUGGCUUUACUUGAAAGUAAACCCACGCAUAUAAAAACACAAUUAUUGCCUUAUUUUGAAAAAAUACAAGAUUAUGGUUUUCUUAUAAAUGCUGCUGCGCAACUUUGUCAACAUAGUCUUGUUUAUAAAUCACUUUUGUAUAUACUUCAAAAUAGAAUGUUUCAAAGUGGAGAUAAUGACUCGAUUGACAAUUUAACAGACCUUAUAAUAAAAGUUGAUUUAGUUGAAUAUAUUUGUUUUAAAGGUAAUAAAAAUUAUAGUGAUAUAAAUUUAUUUGAAAAAAAAAUCGUCGAACUAUGUAUCACAUUUAUAUCAAAGUCUGAUUUAGAUUUAGCGUCAAUUUGCUGGUUAAAGUAUACAGAAAUAAAAUUAAACAUAAGUUCAGACGAUGUUAACAAUAUUUUGGAUGCUGUCCCUUAUAAUAUAAAAAUGAGUACUUUGAUAAUGUGGUUGAAAAAUUUUGUGCCAUCACUUCUAGACGAAAAUCCAUUUUUCAUAGAUCACUUUGUAAAAUGGACAAUGGAAAGAGUAUUUAAAUUAGAACAAUCAGCAUAUUGGCCCAAAAUAGGUUUAAAAUUUGUCGAAGAGAUAAUUGCAGUUUUAGAAAUAUCCUUAAAAAUAGUGACAAUUCGGCCCAUUUCCAUGGAUGAUUUAGAUUGUAUGAGGGAUCAAAUAAACUAUGUAAUGGAGCUUAGAGAAAACUACAAAAUUAAUAUGUCAUUGACUGAAUUAAGUUCCCAAAGUCCAAGUGAAGUUGCCCUUAUUAUGCUCCGCCGUUGUUACACUGAAGAUCUACAGUUAUUUUUACAAGGAUAUUUGCCAGCGUAUGCUGCUCGCCAUUUAUUUGAACUCGAUGAUACAUUGCGUGCCUAUAUUGAAACUGAAGCAUCUAUUAGCGGUGGAUUAGUAGACGGAAGCCGUUUAAAAAUUUUACUGGAAGCUUUUCGCUCUACUACUAAUAAACUUGAUUGCCUUUUACAAGUUCUGAAAAUGUUGGACGUACCAUGGGACAAUAAUGUCUUAGAAUUGGCAGUAACAGCAGCUGCAUCAGCCUUUAAAGAUUUUACUGUCACUGAUACAGACCGCACUUUAGCAUUUGAAAUACAGAAAGAACUGAACUAUGCUAAAGUGAAGGUUGUUUUGAAGAAAUACAAUUUUCCAUUAUCUUGUACUGACUACAUGCUAGUUCUAAAUAAAAUUACAGGUUCUUCAAAUGUAGACUUGAAGGACUUGAAAAUUAUCUGUAACGUGACUAGCAUUAAACAUUAUGGAAGCGUAUUGUACAUUGAUAAAUGUCUUAGUAAUUGUGAAACGAAAGUAGCAUUGAAUUACUUUAACGAUUUAUCUAAAAACGACAAGAAUAUUAUAAUAAAAUCUACUCUGAACAAAUAUGAACAAGUAAUAAAUUCAGAUUCAAGGAAUUCAGCAAUUGAAAGAAGUUAUUUAGACUUUUUAAAAGGAUCCACACUUUUAACCGAUCAUCAAAUAACUGAUAUUGAAAAUCUUUAUCAUCUUAAAAACUCUUAUGAUAUCAUAAUGACCAUAAACGAAAUCUAUAAUGAAGAAGAUCGUCUUAAAAAAUCUAAUGACUGGAUGAGAGAAAAUGCGAAAUCUGUUAAUUCUGCUCAAAGACAAUGUGUUACGAAGCUUACCCGUACGGGUCAAUCCAAUUGUUCUGUCCUCCUAAAUAAGUUACGGAAAACUUCUGCAUCUGAAUCGGUUCGUGCACUAUUAGAGAACCUGAUAAUGGUACAGUCUGAAAAUGCAGUAGAUAUAUACCCACCAGCUUUGUCAAGUUUUAAAGAUGGCUCUAAUACAACACUUUUAAUAGAAUCUUUUCGUAUAUUAAUCGAUCUUGUAUUUAAAUGUGAAGAAGAUAAUUUACACACUUUAGUUGAUUAUUUAUCUCUUCUUAAUACAUUGGUACAUGGAGUCGUUAUAUUCAAACAUCUAUCUGUAGCAUGGAAGUUUCAGUAUAUUUAUUUACCAAUGUCAUCUAUCACAGGAGUAAACAAUUUGAUAAACUUCUUUGAUAAUAUGUUUAUACCUAACUGUUCUAUUAAUCAUGGUUGCGUUGAAGGAUAUGACAUGAUAUCAAUUGCAAUGAUUCCUAACAUAUUCAAACAUUACGUCUUUAGAGGUGUAACGCUGAAGGAAUUAUAUAUACUGCGAAAUAAAAUUGUGAGGAAAUUAUUGUCGAAAAUGAUUUCAUGCCAAGAACUUGAUGAACUUUUAUUAACAUCUUUAUUACUAAUUCUUAGUAAUUCUGAAGACAUGGAAGAUAUGUCGUGGCUAAUUGAUAUUACAACAAAAGGUCAGAGUGAUAUUAUUCCUCAACCGAUGAAGAACUAUCUUUCAACACCACUAUUACGCCGACUAUUUCCAAUUGACAAUGAUUUGCCUGGAAACACUAUGCCUUAUCCACCGCAACAGUUACUUAAAACUAAAUUUAAUAUAAAUUUAGCCGAUAUCGCCCUUCCUGAUAACAAUGAAGAAACUUGGGAUGUAAAAGUCAUACUUUUUUGUAUACUACGACAGUAUCCAGACACGGAUUUUGAACGCUUGGUUGAGUUAUGUCACACAUUAAAUAUUAGUAUAAAUGAUGGUCUUACCUUACAAUUGAUAUCUUUAUUUUCCACUUGGGAACUAAAAUACAAAUUGAUUAGUGAUGAAUUGAAUUGUCGUCAUAUGUAUUUUGAAAAUGAUGUUAAGACUCUUGCUUCCAAAUGUUUAACCAUAUGGGAGAAUAUUGAACGUAAAGAUUUGUUAAGAGAUAUUUUAAAUGAUUUUUGGAAAAAUGGAGAAGUAUCAUUAUAUGGUCGUUCCGUUUCAAUUAAUCCUUAUUAUUAUGAAGUGUAUAUGUGCAUCUACUACUUACUUUAUAGUUCUUCGGGGGAAACUCGCAAUGCAAAAGAGUUUUUACUCUUGAAUUUUUUGAAAGAUUAUAAAAGAAAAAGUAGUCCAAAACAAUACGAAUUUGAACUUUUUUCUGUAAAAGGUAUGUUUCCAGAAAUUGGAUAUCAUCGUUUACCAUUUCAUCUUUUCUUGAGAGAUGAUAAAUGGUCUAACCUCAAGUCUGAGAUUACACUAGAAACCUACGAGCGGUGGUUACCCGUCGUCGGAUUAGUAUCUCUAGAUUCUGAUGCACAAACAGCAAAAGAUAUGAUAUGCAGUAAUGCGCUUAAGCAAACUAUGACGUCACGAAAGCGCUCUGAAAACAGUGAAGAUGAAGGAUCUGAACCUUGGCGCUUGAUAACUAAAGAAGAACCUUUACUCCGUGCGGCUCAUAAGUGUGUUAGGCAUAUUGCCAAUAUGGAAUGGGCAGGAGCUUGUUUAUUCUAUGUGCUGCAAGGUUGCGCUCGUGGGGCAGAUCAAGUAGCCGCAGCUCAAUUGUGCUAUCAGUUUGCACAACGUUGGGCUGCCGUCCAACCUGGUAAUCGAGCAGUGCGUCAAAUGGAAAAACUACAUUCUUCUCUCUCAACACGUCAUGCAUUACACAAAGUUAACUGGGCAUGUGAAGAAUUUGUUCGUCUUUCAACGGAACCCGCACAAUUGAUUCGUGCUUUAUACCUUCAUCCUCUGUUUAUUGAAAAGAUGUCUCGUCACGAUAUUAAUCGUGCUGCGAAUGAAAUCGCUGACAAAAAUAGCAUAAAUAUUAGUUCUAUCAGAAUUCAAAUAUUGGAAAAUAUUCUUGAUAAAACCUAUAAAGAAAAGAAUAAUGAUAAAAAAAUUUCGGGUUUAAAUAACAGGGAUUUGAAAACUGCAAAAUAUAUACUAAAGGCGACUUGUCCUAAAAUGGGAGCUAUUUAUUUAUCCCGAAUAGCAUUUGAUGAUGAAAGUGAUUACAAUAAGGGAAAAAAAUUACACGCCUUGCAAUGUUUAAUGAGUGUUGUAGAAACUGAUACCGCCGUUAAAGUUACAAAUCGUGGACGGGAAGACUUAUGGGAUUCACUCGUAGAAUUGAUUCAUAUUGUAAAUCUAGAAAAUAUUGACAUGCCUUGGGUUGUCACUACUUUCAUGCAGGAUAAAGGUCGGGCAAUUGAACAAUUAUUGCAAGAUAGUACUAAUAUUGAAGGGCUAAAAAUAGCAGCAGAACUAGCGCGUAAAUAUGGCAAUGUUAAAAUAAUACGCGGACUUAUACCUUUACUGCUUCGUGCUGGCUUACAUGAAGAAAUUACACCGUUACUGUUGAAGUUGUCUGCUCCUGCUAACGAGUUCAUUUACACUGCAUGGCGUGCAGUUAUUGUGACUCCAUUCCAACAGGCAGAUCAUCCUAUUACAGAACGGCAAAAGGUAAAAUGCAUUAAUGCUAUAAAUUUAUUGCCAGCUUGCCCUGUUAUCAAGGAUGAAGAUUUAGUAGAAAUCUGGAAGAAUUGUGUUAGAUGCAAAUGUUUAGGAGUAGGUUGUUUAGUAUUACCUUAUAUGACUACUGAAACGAGACAGUCAUUAAAUGAACUACAAAAAAUUGAUAAAAGAAGCCUAAUAGCUAGUCUCAAAAAUUUACAUUCUGAAACUUAUCUUAUUUCUGGGGCUAUGCAUGUGAUUGAAAAUGUGUCUGUUAGAGGACAAAGAUAA